UAUACGUGACAGAAGCCAGAUCCGGUGCCGCAAGGAUGGCCGCUCAAAGAGUAUUCCCACUUUCCUGUGCGGUGCAGCAGUAUGCCUGGGGGAAGAUGGGUUCCAACAGUGAAGUGGCUCGGCUCCUGGCCAGCAGUGACCCACUGGCCCAGAUCUCGGAGGACAAGCCAUAUGCAGAGCUGUGGAUGGGGACCCAUCCCCGGGGAGAUGCCAAGAUCCUUGACAACCACAUCUCGCAGAAGACCCUAGGCCAGUGGAUUGCUGAGAACCAGGACUGCUUGGGUUCGAAGGUCAAGGACACAUUUAACGGCAAGCUGCCCUUCCUCUUCAAAGUGCUCUCAGUUGAAACGGCCCUGUCUAUCCAGGCACACCCUAACAAGGAGCUGGCAGAGAAGCUGCACCUCCAGGCUCCACAGCACUACCCUGAUGCCAACCACAAGCCAGAGAUGGCCAUUGCCCUCACCCCCUUCCAGGGCUUAUGUGGCUUCCGGCCAGUGGAGGAGAUUGUGAGCUUUCUGCCAAAGGUGCCCGAGUUCCAGUUUCUAAUGGGAGAUGAUGCAGCAACACAGCUGAAGCAGAGCCUGAGCCAUGACUCCCAGGCUGUGGCCUCUGCUCUGCGGAGCUGUUUCUCCCACCUGAUGAAGAGCGAGAAGAAGGUGGUGGUGGAGCAGCUCAACCUCUUGGUGAAGCGGAUCUCCCAGCAAGUGGCUGCUGGAAACAACAUGGAGGACAUCUGUGGGGAGCUCUUGCUACAGCUACACCAGCAGUACCCAGGUGAUAUCGGAUGCUUUGCCAUCUACUUCCUGAACCUGCUUACCCUGAAGCCAGGGGAGGCCAUGUUUCUGGAGGCCAACAUGCCCCAUGCCUACCUGAAAGGAGACUGCGUGGAGUGCAUGGCAUGUUCAGACAACACGGUGCGUGCUGGGUUGACACCCAAGUUCAUCGAUGUGCCGACUUUGUGUGAAAUGCUCAGCUAUACCCCCAGCCCCAGCCAGGACAGGCUCUUUCCUCCAGCACGGAGUCAGGAAGACCCCUACCUCUCUAUCUAUGAUCCCCCUGUGCCAGACUUCACCGUUAUGAAGAUGGAGGCACCCAAAUAUUCAAGGAGGAUACAAUUUUCAAACUGCCUGUGUUAUCUGGCAGAAACUCAGGGGGUGGCCAAGGGUUUCCAGGAGAACAAGGAAGAAAUACCAGUGGUAUACAGUCAAGUCCCCAGCACUUCACUUAUGUCAAAGGCAGUAAGCCGCACAUCCCAGAACUUUACAUCCCUGUGUUUUUGUCUGGGACAGUCACUCUGGAAAUAUGUCCAAAGGGCCAGCCCAGGAAUAUCUAUCUCACUCUGUUUCCAUAGAUGGAACAACUGAAGGAACAGAAGUUGUCUGGCCUGAAAGAAAGCAAGCUUGGUAGAGGAUGGCCAGGGGAGGGACAGGAAUGCUGAUCUCAGAUAAAAGACAAAAGAAGGGAGACUAAAAUUAUUAUGUGACACUGGAGACAGGACUAGGAGCACUAAGUCUAAAUUGUAAUAGACAUUUCCAAUUAACAAGGAAGACUUGUCUACGAGCUACCUGAAUUGUGUGUAUUGGUGGGGAAGACAGACAGCAAGGUUUCUUGGAGGUAGUGAGUACCCGAUUACAAGAAGCAUUCAAACAAGCAGAGGAUGGUAAACACUUAGCUGGGAUUUAUCAAAAGGAUUCCUUUUCUAAGUGGUGGCCUGGAUUGGAAGACCUGUGGGGUCAUUUCCAUCCCUAAGGGUCUGUGGUCUCCUGGACUUUCAACAGCCCUCCUCAGACACCUAAACUUCUGCUGGGGGAGGGGGCAGAGUAGAAGACUGGAGAACAGACUGGAAGUCUGGCACAGUGCCAUGCACACAGUAGGAACCAGACAAGCAUUUGGCAGUGGCAGUGACACUGCCUCCAGCCUGGCCCCGCCACAGAAAGGUGCUCUGGACUUGCCUCUGCAGAGGAAUACCCGGAGGAGUAUCUGGAUUCCAGCUCUCCAUCACUAGAAGAAGAGGAAGGAAGACAGUUCAGGGAGAUGCCUGUGGAGCACAGCUACAAAUGGCAAGGUGCACAGCAUGCAGGGGGGUCUGGAGGACUUGUGAAGCAAAGAUCACACACCACAGAACUCAAACCCAUAGUCUGCCAUGAGAGUAAAUGGCUCCUUCCAUUGGCUCCAGCAGGGACAGGGUCACUGUCACUAACAGUGCAGACAUAGUGGGGCAGGAUGAUUCCCCCAGACACAGUUGGUGCUUCAAAUCCAGGAGCAGCAAGCUCACCUAUGAGUCGUCUAAGCAAGCCAUCCUGGGAAGAGACAGUGCUCUGAAGCAGCAGCCCUGGAACAUGCACAAAAGGUCUUGGAAGAGACAGGGAAUAAGCGAAGCAAGUGACCUGCAAUUUUACCCAAGUCACUCCAAGGGGUAUUUCCAAGGAGAGCACUCACCUGUCAGACUCGAGGGACACCAAGUUUUCAUCUGGACUCUGACUAAGAGCAGUAUAGCCCUUGUUAAACUUCACUGACCUGAGGGGAGAUGGGGGAGAGACCAAGCAUAGAUGAAACGCCAGCAUUUCACAGGGAAAGCCAGAGUCCUCACCCUUAUGGAAAAGACACUGACUGCGCUACUCCUGACUUGCCUUCUACCUGGACAGCCAUCACUGCCUGCCAUGUAUCUGGCUACAGCGGCUCAGAAUACACACUUCCCCACACCACUCCCCCUGCUGCCCCUGAGGAAAAGCACAUCUCCUCUUUCAUGACAGGAAAAGCCCCAGAGAACAGAAAAACGAAAGACCUUAAGCAAAUUCCUUCACCUGCUUUAGCUCUUAUUUGUAAAAAAGAGGCCCUGGGUAAGGUCCCAUCCAGCCCUCAGAGUUUACCGUUCUCUGUUAAGAACCACUGUCUAUUGUUAAGGAAAAAAAUACAACCCUGUCUGUUCCCACACUGCUCUCCAUCCUCACUCCUGGGAACCCCGGCCACUAUGUCCUCCCUAAUUUAGACAGUAAAUGAUCCUGCACUGACAAAACUCUUAUUCCAAAGCCCUUUCCCUAACACCAUCACAUCCUGGGAAGGAAAGAAAACGUCGUUCCUCAUCCCAUUUUAAAACAGUGAACCUGACAAGCUGGCGCCAGGGGAAUCACUAGCUGGGCC